AUGGUGAUGACGAUUUUCCCGUUGAGUUUCCAUCUUACUUUCCCGGGAAAGUUGUUUAAAGGUAGUCCAGUAGCAGCAGCAGUAGUGGUGGCCCCGGCACUGUAUGUAUUUGGGGAUUCAUUGUUCGACAGUGGGAAUAACAAUGUGUUGCCAACUUUUGCCAAAGCUAACUAUCUGCCUUAUGGUAUCGAUUUUAAACAAGGUGUUACUGGCAGAUUCACCAACGCCAGAACUGUUGCUGAUUUCAUAGCUGAACAUCUGGGGUUACCAUAUCCUCUACCUUAUUACAAGAGUAAACGACCAGAAUCGGCCACGCUUACUGGAUUGAACUAUGCAUCUGGGUCUUGUGGGAUUCUCCCAGAAACUGGUCACAAAUAUGGAAAAUGCUUGAAUUUUAGAAAACAGAUCGAUUUGUUUAAUUCCACAAAAGAGAAAGAGUUGAAACGAUUGUUUAAUAAAGAGGAGGAUAAAUUAUCAGAGUACCUCUCAAAAUCUAUAUUUAUAAUCUCUAUUGGCAACAAUGAUUACAUCAACAAUUAUCUUGAAACUACACCUCAUGAAGAGACAAAGGAAGAUCCACAAACAUUUGCUCAAGGCUUAGUGGAUAAACUGGCUGACCAACUUCAGAUAUUGUAUGAGUUAGGAGCAAGAAAGGUACUCAUGUUUGAGCUUGGGCCCAUUGGGUGCCUUCCAUCAAUCACAAGGAAAAAAGAUCAGAGCAACGAAUCAUCACAAUGUGUGGAAAAGAUAAAUGAAAUGAUCAAAGACUUCAACCAAAGGCUUGGCAUAAUGCUCCAAAAUCUAACAUCAACUCUCCAACCCUCAAACUUCAUUCUUGGGCAUGUUCAUUCGCUAGGCUACGAUGCAAUACAAAAUCCUUUUAAAUAUGGGUUAAAAGAUACAAGCAAUCCAUGUUGUGAGACUUGGAAAAAUGGGACAUCUGGGUGCAUUCCUUUCAAAAAACCAUGUGAAGACAGAAGUAGUCACUACUUUUGGGACGCUUUUCAUCUCACUGAGUCUGUUUGUUCAACCAUAGCAAGUCGUUGUUUUCAUGACUCAUCGGUUUGUUCUCCCUUCAUUAAAUACCUUGUACAAUUAUAA